AUGCCCAUAAGUCACUUAUGGCACAUUCUGGAAGAACCACUUGUCAAGUUUCCAAUAAAAAUCGACCAGGAAUCCAAGGAGUUCCUUUGGUCCAGAAUUCGUCAUUUCAAAAAUUUUGAUUUUUAUGUAUUGCCCAAAGACCCCCCUCCGUACAUGUAUUUUGACAGGUUUGAUAAUCUUGAAGAAAAUUCAUCGGACUUGUGCUAUUCUUCUUCGGUUCCCAAGACUGAGAAACGGCUGUAUCCCGUCGAUGACCCUAAUGUUUAUGGUUCGUGCUUGCACUACAAGACACGCACGUUUGUUACCAGCGUUAUUUUGAAGGAAGAUUUGACAUAUAAAGAUGCUCACUGUCGAUGGGGGGAUCGACUUGUUGUUGUUGCCUCACAGGCUCUUCGCACACUUUUUCUCACUGGCUCUGAAGCACUUAAUGCUUCCAUUAACGCAAAGCUGUAUCGUAUUUUAGAGCUCAUAGCAAAAUCAAGGUAUAAUGGCAUCCCUAUCUCUGGACAGGACGGCAUCUUGUCAUAUGGUGAAUCAUCAUCUACCGUGUUCUAUAUUCGCAAACUCUUCAGCGCCGAUGGUCUUAUCAAGUCUCAGACGUUUUCAAUGGGAAGACGGUCAUUUAUGAGAAUUCUCAAGUUUGGUGUGCAACAAGGCUGUCUUAAAUUGAUCCAUGUACCCUUUGGGACCGCGUGCGCACUGGUAAAUGGUUCUGAUGGUGACUGUGGAGAGGUGUCUGCCGAAAUGUUACGAAAGGAGGCCGCGGAAUUAAGCAGUCUUGAAAUUUCGCAAGCAGAAUCAUUACCAGAAUCCACUGGCCGAAGACACGUGCGUGAAGCAGCUGUUGUGUACCUACAACGCCCAUUUGACAUAAAUAAAUACAUGGUUGAAGCCCAUAUCAAUCGUGGCAGCCGUCCCGACUCGGUUUCUGAGUUGGUCGAUGGAAACAAUAUUGACAACUCUCCAACAUCGGACGAACCUAGUCCCGGUGAUGGGCAUGAUUUAAUGCGGAUGGAAAAUGGCGAUGCUUUUGCAUGUGCCCCUUAUUACAACCAACGUCAAUUCAGAAAGACGUUUAUCAUUAAAAGCCUUGAAGAAUCUAAGGUAUUUCCUUCGGUCGUCGAUUUGCGUUCCCGGAUUUGGGCUCAUGAAGAAUCUCAAGGCAUGAAGGGAAAGAUGGAUCGGAAAUCUCUCGCUCGCAUCAUCAAUGAACUGGUCAAUGAAAAAAGACUCAAAUUUAUCGACAUGGAAAUCGCCGGAAGGCGAUAUGAUGGUUCUACCCGACGUGUCGAACUUAAGCUCGUCUGCCAUCCCAGCAUCGACACAGAUUCCCCCGAACUGAUAGACUGCGUAAUGGCUGAGAAGAGGCGCUGCAUGAUAGUCCCGAAAUCGUAUGGUGCACUUCGCCCUGAAGACGCGCUUGGUACUGAUAACAGCCAAGUAGUGCCUGAGGAGCCCCCAACAGACAGCACAUCCCCCUACGUCCAAGCGCUUACCAAAAAGGAACUCGAGCUCAUUCGUCUACCUGAUAAAAACAUCUCCAAGUUACGUCGACGCUGUCUUCUGCACAAGUUCCUCUUCUAUCUGCUCUACGAAGGACCAAAGGAUGCGAAACCCAUCGCCACCUCGCAUGAAAAAUGGGCCCCAGUCUACAAUGAAACCUCGGUCACGUACCGUUACGUUCCACCUUCCGCCCGUAAUCACGCAGUUGCUGGAUGGAUUACGUUUCACGACAUGAUCCAGGCGAUGCCACUGGGCCUCUUCCUGGCCAUUUCAGCCCCUGGUACUGCUCCACGCCUGCUUCUCCAAUGGCUCUCAGUCCUCAAGGGUGGAGAGGCCUCCUUGCGGCCAGUCCUCAGAGAGAUGAUCACUCAGCAGUCCGCACAAGCCAGCGCUUUUUCACCAUAUCGUAAAGACGGAUCCUCCCCAACGCCUGAUGCACUUAGACGCUUCGAACUCCUUCGUACGCCCAUAGCGUCUUGCCCCUGCCCGGGUGGGCGUAGUGGUGGUCUCUACACCUGGCUCAUGAGCCGAUACAAUGUGACUAGAAUAUACUCCGUUGUUGAGCAACUUUCUGGCCACGGUCUUCUGACACUUAACGGUCAAUCGAUGCAAGAUCAUCUUCCAAUGGCCAACAUCUAUGUCCACAGACGCGCAGCCCUACUGGACACGCGUUUUGCCUCCCCAGCCCACCACAUACUUUCGGACGUUUCCGCGUGCCCUCCUCCCCUCACAUACCAUUUCAAAACAAUGCAAGAUGUAGACGGUUACUGGCUAAACCUUCGUGCUAUUCUCCUGUACACUCCAUAUGGCUUUACACGUUUCUCGGAUCCCAACAUCAACCAGUUCGUUCACACCAAGGCCCCCAUUCUUUCUGUUGGGCGUCUUCAGGACAUCAGUGCCUCGGAACAAUCGACGCCCACCCUUCCAACCCUUUGUCCCACCAGUCUCAAGUCGCCGUUGUCCGCAGUCCCUCUUACGGGUGAUGUAGACAUAGAUGGGGGCACGUCGGAUCCAGUUACGUUGAUCGGAGUGGGCGGUUUGCAUGCCUCAUUGUACCUCUUCAAGGCACCAUUUGAGGAGAUGGGUUAUGGGACCACGGAUCAGGGUCUGUGCACCCAAUACGUACCUCAAUAUCCGUCACCUAACCUGCAACUCCAGCCAGUUGUGAGAGCGAAAGAAUUACGGGAGAUUUUGGGAUCGUUUGAACCGGAUCUCCGGACGACAGGUGACGGAGCAUUUUGGCCAUGGACAGUGCAGCUAUUUUUCAACACCGAUCCAGUCAUCGAACUGCCACCUCCUCCCAAGCUUCCAGCUUGGCUUUUCUCAACUCGUUCUCGCCGUUUUCCUUUUUUAAUCGAAUCAAUGGACUCUCAAGGCGAGAGUGGCUCUUGUGCAACCGGUGCCUCCCGAUCUCGUCCUCUACACCGACGCAAACUGAGGGGAUCGCGACGGGGUAGUGCUGGUCCCUCUUCUGACACUACUGGCAGUUCCUCAGACGCUAAUGAAGAAGAAGAAAAUUCCUCCUUCGAAGAACUUCAGCCGAUUCUUAAAUCGCGAAAAAGGCGGCUGCAAAAGAGGACCUCAAUACCUCACAUUCAUCGACAUGCGUUGGACGAAAGAGAUGUGGAAAUUCGGAAUAGCCUACACUACCGACGCGCCAGCUGGUGCAAACUGGAAGAUCAAGUGCUGCUGACCUGUCGCGUAGCCUCACUCUUCCUGGUUGGCCACACACGAGAGUACGUGUGCAUUCCCUACGUCAUUGUUCGCGACAUUCUUCAUGAAUAUCUGCCCCUGGAAAGCAAGGAUAAAACUAGUCUCGCCUGCGCUCGACGUCUCAAGUUUCUUUUGAUGUUGCGAAACGAGGACCGAACACGAACUGAUGUUCUUCUUACCAAAGUGUCUAGCGAUCCUGAGCUCUUGGCUAAGUACAACAUCGGAAAGGCGGCUUGGGCGCACUUGUACAAUCGCGAUGCAAGACAGGCACAUCAGUUGUUCAAGGAUUUGGUCCGCCUCAUCAUUUGCAACUUUGUUCCUGAUUUGCACAAUAGAUGUGGUCACAUUAUCAAUAAAUCACUUGUGAUGAAUCCUUCCACUUUGAAUGAAAAGAAUGUUAAUCCCGGGCCACGUCUAUUCCCCAUUCGCGAGAUUCUAAUGAAUUCCAGAGGGACUCUACGCGAGCGCUAUGACUUUAUCCUCCUCGCAUCCAUGCAUCAUGAUCAAAGUCUGCCUGGCAUUGGAAACAGUCGUCCUGCAAUCGUGGCCGAAGCCCUGCGAAACCUUUUCUUGGGCUCUAUUCGUUUUUGCCCGGAACCUCAAAAUCCGCAGAAUUCGGUCCUUUUCAAUCGCAUUCUGAAGCAGUAUCCCUAUGAACAAAUGAGUGAAGCAGUCAAAUGCCUUUCCUCCACUGACUCUGUUCGCAAGCUCAAAAGUUUUGAAGAUAGCGAUCUCAGUGUUGCCGGGCAAUUUCGCGUCAAGGUAACCCUCAGGCUUGCUACUUGGUGCAACGCGCAGAUGUUCAUCUACAUUCGUUUCUUCGUCGAGACGCUAAAACUCCAAAAGCAGCUCGCCGAUGAAGCCAGAUGCCUCCGAGCUAAAGUGCGUCGUCAGAAGACCAAACAGGUGGAGGCGGCAACGCCAAAUGAGUGGCUUGUCGCCAAGCACCAAUUCUCCGAUCCCACCUCCGGCGGGCUAGUUGCGACCUUCUUUGAACUACUUUACAGCCAGCCGCAUGUGAAACUGAGGGUAAACUUCGACAUGAGCUGUAUCAGUAUCCUCAGUAAGCCUUGUAUGUCAUUGGAAGAUCGCAAGGCGGAGCUCAGAAGCACCAAGAAUGGGGAGGAUAAAUCGCCAGUUCCUGUGGCUCCUCGUCAGAGCGCACCGACAUCUUUGCACUUCGGGGAAUCAACCCACAUUGGCAUGACGGUCGCUCUUCUGGAGGGCAGAGAGCCGAGCAAAAGCGGAGCCGAAGUGGUCGCAAACAGCUCCACAAGCACAGCUGUUACCGAAUCUCUGAUGGCUCUGUUGCUCGAUGGUGUCAGUGACGGAGUGGAAAACGGUGCCAAGGGCAAAACCCCUCGGAUCGAUAUUCGACUGUCCUUAAACGGCGGAUCGAUUGAGGCUGUUGUUCCUGAAGCAGUGUCCCACGUCACCGUAGUAGAUGGGGAACCGGAGCACAAGAGGCUUUGUCGUCGAACUGUUGCGAAAUUUACAGCACCUCUUAAUUGGGAUUCUGCUGCUGCGAAGGCUCAAACAGGGGGAUCCCAGGAGACGACUACAGAGACCCCCGACAGCAAGUCGAGUCGUCUGCUUGACUUUGUCUUUGCUGCUGGUGAUCGUGGAAGACCGUUUGAUCAAAUUCGGGAUAGGUUUGGCGAUUCAAAAUUGACAAAUCACUUGAUACGCAAGCUCUUGGAGGACCAGAAGAUAUUUCUACUGGGACGGAAUGAACCGCGCUACGUUCACUGGGCUCACCUUCGUCUCUGGUUGAUUCACGUAAAGGACCCCAAAAACCAUCAGCGAAAUGAAAGUUCUUCUUGCAGCAACGCUGCGACCGCUAGCACUGACGAUGAAGUCGUUUUCAAGCGAAGACGUCUCUCUCUCGCCGUCAGUGCUGAAUCCUUCGAAAAGUUGACAAGGACGCAGUCAAUGGCCACAGACUCCGGAUCUUCAGCUUUCGAACGGCUUGCUGACGACGAAAAAUCGCAGAACAAGGAUUACUACUUUAUUCCCCAGCCGUGGAUCUGCGAAUCAGGUGUCAUCAAGACCAAUUUCUUCACACACCUCAUCCAGUCGGCAUGUUCCAUGAUCUCACGAUUGUCAGGAUCCCCAAUGGACGUAUUGGCAUGUCAAUAUCGUCAUAUCCUAUCCCCAGUUUCCUUCCGAAUCCUGUGUCAUUUUCUUCACGAUGUCAAAGUGGUUCAGAUUUCUCGAGUUGUGUACAAUACUAAAUGUUCACUUUUUUCCAAACCAGAUCCAGUAAUUUACCUAGCAAAGCUCUACCUUCCGCCAGUCGGUUUGUCGCCCACUAGUUCCACGGUAUCUUCUGUCGACUACCUUUGGCGCGCGGCCAUGGCACCACAGAUUAGCGACCAAUUCCUUCUUGCCCCGGCACGUGAACUCAGCCUCAGUCUGGAGCCACAGUUCGUCUCUCGCAUGAACACCCUGUUCGCGUGUCUAAGUGAGUCAUUUGGUCACACGCCGGAGGAGCCGAGCCCCUACGUCAAAUUUACGCGCUGCAGGGCGCCCCGCGACGCCAACGUUCUCUGCAAACAGGCGGAAGAAGGACAGGGAGAGGCCGACUUGGAGACGUAG